ACUUUCUCAUUUCAACAUUUCAUAAUUAGAGCCCAUUUAUAUUCCUUUCUCUUUCUCUGUCUUGCACACACACAGUGAGAGCAGCAUCUAUGGCCAAAGUUGCUAAUAACAAGAUCAUGUGCCCUGGAGAAGAUGGUGAGUUAAGGAAAGGGCCGUGGACUCUUGAGGAGGACACUCUCCUAACUCAUUACAUUGCGAGGCAUGGUGAAGGUCGUUGGAAUAUUCUAGCAAAAUGCGCAGGACUCAAGAGAACUGGUAAGAGUUGCAGGUUGAGAUGGCUGAAUUACUUAAAACCCGACAUUAAACGAGGAAACCUUACUCCACAAGAGCAACUCUUGAUUCUGGAACUCCAUUCCAAGUGGGGUAACAGGUGGUCUAAGAUUGCACAUCAUCUUCCGGGAAGAACAGACAAUGAAAUAAAGAAUUACUGGAGGACAAGGGUGCAAAAACAGGCUCGCCAACUUAAUAUUGAGUCCAACAGCAAGAAGUUCCUGGAUGCUGUUAGAUGUUUCUGGAUACCAAGAUUGCUUCAGAAAGUGGAGCAGACUUCUGCUGCUGCCGCUGCUGCUGCCGCUGGUCCCCAAAACUCGAUUACCCCUAAAUUUUCAAACUUCACAGUCCCUUCAGUCUCCCCUGUAUCCUCCCCACUUGAAAAUCCAAAUCAAGCCGUUGAGAAUUUAAGCUCAGUCACUAGCAACCAGAGUGUAAUCAAUCAUCCAACCGAUCUUAUCAACAUCUCAGACACAUAUGUUCCACAAUACAUGACAAGUCCAAACGCGUAUGUCAAUACUAAUACUGUCUACAACAAUCAAGUACUGCUGAAUGACAGUUACAAUGACAUGGAGGGUUUGAUCAGUGUGGGAUCCAUGUCAUAUGACAGCUCACUCUUGGAAUGCCAGAUGCCAGAUGCUAAUUGGGGCUGUGAUGACAUGGCAUAUACUUUGUGGAACAACAUGGAUGACAUAUGGCAGCUUAGGGAGAUUGGAGAGAGGGGGAACUAGCCACAUGGUUGCUGCUCUCAUGGGAAGGCUUAGACCUUAGAGCUCCAUCUUGACUAAAGAAACCAAAACUGUCCAAAUUGGGGGUCAUGAACAGUUAUAAUGUAAUAAUUGAAGUAUUUUAUAGAUUAGAAGUCUGUGCAGGAUGGCCAAUGACUAAAAAAUGGAAGUACUUUGAUGCAGAGGUUUAAUUAUGUGUUUGCUUUUUAGAGUUGGGAAGUACUGUGUUAAUUAUGAACGUUCUUUUCUAUUUGGUUGUUGUGGCCCCGUGGGUGAAUUUUUCUACUUAGCACUAUCAUAUCAUAUCAGUUUCUUCGUGGAUUGUCCAAUGGUAACUAGGAAGAUAUGGAGGAGAGGAAUGUGUUGUCAAAUUCAAGACGAAAUGACAACUUAUUCAAAAAUGUGCAGUCAUUGAAAAUGAAAUGCUGAUUUUAUA